AUGGGGAGCGGCGCCCGAGCGAAGCUUUGCUUCGCGGCCGUACCGCGCGAGCGUUAUGCCCCAUCUACUGAUCACGGCGAGGAAACGCCGGAGCCAAGCCCGCCCCUAUGCGGAACCGUCAAUUCGGUGAGUCAUCCCACAGAGGAUCAGGUCUCUUUCCAGACAGAGGAACCCGAGACGCCGGAUUACCCCGAGCCUUGGGUGAAGGAGUUCCUGGACCAGGAACUGGCCAAAUUUGAUACUCUCUCAGGGCGACAACCGCCUUCAGCCCGCCUACCACAAGGCACGACGAGCCACACGCUCCACAGAUUCCGCAGCACCGAGGCCAACCAGACGAUGGACGGACAAGGCCAUCCGCCGACUCCCGCCCCGGCGCCACAGGACACCGCAUGGAUGUACGGUGCGGUCGACGAGCUCCUACAGGCGCUCCACGGCGCCGGCCAAGCCAGCCGCUUCCCAGCGACAGCCUCGCCGACCCCUUCCGGCCACGGGCUCUACCCGUCGAGGACAUCACCAUCGACGCCGACGACAUGGAGUCCCAGCAUACCAGCCCCAGCGGGCCACGACCACUCCCUCUGGAAGUCGCCCACCACCGCGGCGAUGACGAGGAGGGGGGUGAACGCGGAUGACCACGCCGAACUACGACCAUCAUCUGCAAGGGGAAUGCCGCCCCUAGUGCCCAGGCACAUCGGCCCCAUUGGGCCACAACGACUCCCUCCAGAAGUCGCCCACCGUGGCGACCGUGGCUGGAUCUUCGCCGCUACAAGGCCGGGCCCCAGCCAUCACCAGUCGCAGCCGCAACGCACAGGCUGCUACACCCGCGAGUCCUAUGCAGACAUGCUGAGGAUUGUUAAGACGGAGCCCUCACUCCAAGGACUCAAGGAAGGCGUGCAAGGCCUGCGAAGGGCUGCCAAUGGCGGACUCCUUGUACGGAUGCAGAAGUCCCUCGACCCAUCCACACAGCAGCUGCAAGCGGCCCUCAAAACGGCCAUCUCCGGCAAGGCGGAGGUGACCGUCAUGCAGGAGACGGUCCAGGUGGAGAUCCGUGAUCUUGAUGACUUGACCAGCGGGGAGGAGGUCACAAUGGCACUAUUUGCGGGAGAGGACUGCGACAUCCCAAGCGACACUGCGCCCAGAAUGCGGAAAGCGUUUGGAGGAACGCAAAUUGCGACGGUAAGCCUGAGACCCGAGCACGCGCGGAGACUGCUCGAGAAGGGCAAGAUCCGAAUUGGAUGGGUAGUAUGCCGCAUCCGGGAGAAAUUGGAGCCGAGGCGCUGCUAUAAAUGCAUGGGCUUCGGUCACACCUCGGCAAGAUGCCGCGCUUCUGAAGCUACGGCCAAAGCCACACAGGAAGCAUGUUUUAAAUGUGGAGGCACCGGCCACAAGCACUAUACAUCAGCCCAAGAUCUACUGACCCAGACGGUCAGCGAGCAGAACAUCGACGUCGCUAUACUGAGCGAGCCCUACCGGCCAAAACCAGAAGGAGUCUGGCAACAAAGCACCAAUGGCGGCGCAGCCAUUUGGAGCUGCGGGCAGCCCCCGUGCCACCUAGCGCAGAGGGCGACGAGGCCUGGCUAUGCCAGGGCUAAGUUUCAAGGGACAACCAUAUACAGUUGCUACCUAGCCCCGAGCUUGCACACAGACGAGUUCAGGGAGAUAGUGCAAGAGAUCGCCCAAGAUGCUCGCGGACGAUCACCGGUGAUAAUCGCUGGAGACUUUAAUGCAUGGUCCACAGCCUGGGGGGACAAGUCAGGUCGUGAGUCAUACAUUGACCUGACCUUCGCCAGUCCAGAGCUCACCAGGAACAGCUACUGGGAAGUCACCCACCUGCUCACCUAUAGCGAUCACGCGGCAAUCGUCUUCCAAACGAGACAAAAUCAGCUUCACCAAACCAGCCGGGAAACUGCCUACAGGGUACACACCCUAAACUCCGAGGUGCUCCUAAGCUGCAUGGAUGCCAACACCAUUACAGGCGAGGCAAACACCUGCGCGGAUGUCAUAUCCGCCAGGAUCAAGGCAGCCUGCGACGCGGCAAUGGAGAAAUCCACCAAGGGAGGCGGAAGGCGACCAGUCCCCUGGUGGAACCAGGAAAUAGCUUCAGCCAGAAGCAAAUGUCUCGCUGCAAGGCGGAAAUGCCAAAGAAGCCGAGGACGCACCACGCAGGAGCUGUACGAGUCACGGUACAGGGAAAUGAAAAAGGCCCUCAAGGUGGCGAUCAGGACCAGCAAGCACAAGUGUUUCCAGGAGCUUUGCGAUGCGGCUGACAAAGAACCGUUUGGCUCAGCCUACAAAAUGGUUACGGGUAAGCUAACCAGGCAGCCGACUCCAACCUCCCAGCAGCAUCUGGGAACAAUAGUUGACACGCUGUUCCCGCCACAGCCGCCACUAAGACUACCCAGCGUGGCUGCGGGCGAACCGAUCCCCACCUGCGAAGAGGAAGUCCUUAGCGCGCUGACAAGCUGCCAAGCAUCUAAGGCCCCCGGACCAGAUGGCAUUCCCAAUGCAGCUCUGCAUGCCAUAGUGAAGGCUUACCCGAAGCUAUUUGUGCAGCUGUAUAACACAUGCAUUGCUGAGAAAACCUUCCCAAGAGCUUGGAAGCAGCAGAGACUCGUGCUCAUCCCGAAGCCUGGCAAGCUGAACGACGACCCGUCCUCAUUUCGGCCCCUAUGCAUGCUGAAUACGAUUGGCAAAAUAUUCGAGCGCAUCAUAGGCAACAAACUAGAGAGGGAAAUCGAGGAGCGCGGUGCCCUAUCAACCCAUCAGCACGGUUUCCGCAAGAAGCGAAGCACCAUUGAUGCGAUCCGCGAGGUAACACAGCUUGCGGAAAAGGCCAUUGAAGGCGAAAGAUGGCAAGGACGCUCCAAGAAGUACUGCCUCGUAUGCACCUUGGACGUCAAAAACGCGUUCAACUCUGCAAAUUGGAGUCUAAUCCUCCAAGCACUCCAGCGUGGCGGCAUAUCUGGCUACAUUAUCCAGCUGAUUGCCGAUUACUUCAAGGACCGCGUCCUGCUAUACAGCUCCGACGCCGGAAAACAGAUACAUCACGUGACAGGAGGCGUACCCCAAGGCUCAGUCCUCGGGCCACUUCUGUGGAACGUCAUGUAUGACGACAUACUGAGGCUGCCACUACCCGAAGACAUUCUGAUGUCGUGGCUAGCAGACAACGGUCUCUCCCUUGCCGAGCAGAAAACGGAGGCCGUACUUAUCAGUAGCCGAAAGAUUGUCGAGAAGGUGAACUUCCGGGUCGGCUCGACCACCAUCGAGUCAAGCCCGACGGUUAAAUACCUUGGGGUCCUGAUCGACCACAGGCUCAACUACAAGUGUCACUUGGAGUACUCAGCGGCCAAGGCGUCCAAGGCCACUGCCGCCAUCUCGAGGAUGAUGGCCAACACGCGCGGUCCUAGGCAGCACAGUAGACGGCUGAUAUCAACAGUCGUGACGUCAACCCUACUCUACGCCGCACCGAUAUGGUCGGAGGCCAUGCUGGUUGCGAGCUACAGCCGCCAAUGCAGGACGGUGUAUCGACGCUGCGCGCUGCGCAUCUCCAGCUGCUUCUGCACGGUCUCUGAAGAAGCUGCGCUGGUGGUAGCCGGAUCGAUCCCUAUCGACCUGCUGGCAGCGGAACGCAGGACCGGUAACUCGGGCAGCAGAACCCAGAGGAGCACCACUGUCGCAAGGUGGCAGGCGAGGUGGGAUAACGCGAGCACUGGACGCUGGACACAUCGGCUCAUCCCCGAUCUGGAUCAGUGGAUACACAGACGUCACGGGCAAGUAGACUUCUACACAACGCAGCUGAUCACGGGCCACGGAUGCUUCAAGGCCUAUCUUCACAGAUUCAAGCACGAGGCCGACCCAUCCUGCGACUAUUGCGGCGGUGCAUCCGUUGCGGAUGCAGAACACGCCUUCUUCGAGUGUCCGCUUUUCCGCGCGGAAAGAGAGGCAGCAGAGGCAACAACCAACCGUCGCCUUACACCCGAGACCAUAAUUGGGUGUAUGCUGGAGACCCCAUCCAACUGGGAUGCGGUUACGGACAUGGCAGCAACCGUCAUGAGGGAGCUAAGGCGCCGGGAGCAGACCCGACGCACUGAGGGCCUUAGAUGA